AUGGAGCACGACCCGAGGGUCAAUCGCGAUGAACAGUAUCCCUUGCUAAAAGUGGAAGCAGCAGAUGGUGGUGGAGACACAAAACUUCAACAGCCUCCAAGUGUUGUGACUACUGGCUGGACUGCAAGUCGCACUCCGAAGCCAUCGUGGCUUAACCGUUGGCCAGAGUGUAUGUCUGCCUGUUGGAUGACCAUUAUAGUGUUUGCAGUAUCAUUCCUCGUAUUCUAUAGUUUGGGAAUAUAUGUGGCCUAUAGACGUCAACCGGUCGUCGUCUUCAAGUGCAACAACUCGAAACCAGCGAGCGAUGUUUAUUACCACCACGUAGUACAAAAGGGAUCCUACAUUCCUCUUACAAUAUAUUCUGAAUACCUCUCAGCGAUGGCCGUACAGUACCCAUCGCUACGAUUCAAUGUUUAUUUUCUUGUUGAUGACUUUGCGCAAAAUGGAAAGAGACCUAGGCUAUUCAAGCGACUCCCUGCAAUACCUGGAACGCUUAACGUAAUUGUGGAACAAAGUAACAGAAGAGAGAUUAGGGACUUCCAAAGAAGGUAUCAAAACGUUAAUAUAACUAUAAUGACUCUCGGUAAAUUUAUGGCAAAGGCACCGUUAAGAUACAAGUGGAAGAGCAUUCCGUCGAUGUAUCUGCCGUUUUAUGCAAGGAUUCUCUCGGUCUGGCAAACUGGGGGUAUUGGAAUAGAUCUUGACACAUUUAAUAACCUUUAUAACAAUCGACAAGAUGUCAGUAAUAAAAUUGAAGCAAUAUUGAAACAGCAUAACGAAGGUAUAGACACGGACAAAUACAUGGAUAUAUUUAACUCCAUGAAACGCGAUGACGAUAACGAAAUAUUUUCCUUGUUUUUCAAUGUAAUACACAACUUAAUGAACCAAACAAGCUCUUUUUUCAAUCUGGAUGUUUCCCCGGAUAUAAAACUUCUUGAUAGGAUGCCGCUCGUUAGAACACAUAGAAAUAAACGGGAAAUUAUGGAAGAACUACCACUUAAUAAUGCGUCUGAUGCAAGUAAUAUUACCGAUAAAAACACUUCAGUCACCGAGGCAACGCCAAUUAUCUCUACAGAAAUAAUUCAAGUAUCAACUUUAAACCUGACUGAGGACAAAGCUAAUAAAAGUCAUGCAAGUUUUGUUGGGCCAGCUGACAUGAAAAUAAAAAGUCCAGGUCGACUAAUACCGAUGCCUCUUGAUUUUCCUCAAGUGAUGAUAUUUUACGACUUCCUAGUAUCAGACGAUGUUGGCCCAUCUUAUCCAGCCUUGGCUCCUAUCAAUCCAGCUACGCCUAUGAAAAUAACUGAGUUUAAAAAACUGGCUAAGCACGGGACAAUGUCUAAUCAUCUAUCUGUAAGCUUCGACGGAGCUUUCGUUGCAGCUCCGAUGUGCUAUCACCCAUUUUUGACUCAACUUUUGUCGACAGGAUGCAAAAGAGAAAACCCGAGUAUUGCCAUCAAAGAUACUUUUAUGAGCCAAUGUUCGACUUUCUUGAGAGAUGACGUACACACCAGGUUGUUUUGUCAGCACCCGACGUUCUCAGCUAGUAUUUUGUAUACAUAUUUCUAUGGUGUUCUUGGUUUGAUUAUCAGCAUCCAUGAUUUGAAGAAGCACUUUGGAGAGAUACAAGUUGAUGGAAAACUGAGUCUCAAUUUUCGUGAUGCGAUGAUCGUUCAUGACAUAAAAGUUAUAGUUUCAUCUAUUGGAUUGGUCCAGUACGUGUGCCUUUUAAUGGGAUGCUUUACCGAAAACCCUGGACUACUUCUUCCUCACUUGGCUGGCCAACUCAUAGCAGUGUCCCUUAAAAUAGCCAAUGUAUUUUUAUUUCUGAAACAAAUGAAGUUGCGGUCGUUCGGUAUUCUGGGUAAUAAAUUGACCGCUAUCUUCGUUAUGGCUUUUAACUGGCUUCAAGAGUUUUGUGUUUUCAGACAGUAUUUAUGUAUCUGCGAUCUUUGA